CUUAAAAACAUCAAAAGCUUCACCACAACGCCCAUUUCUCACAAAACCCGUUAUCAAAGCAGUCCAAGAAACCGUGUUCUUAACCGGCAUAUCCUUAAAUACCUUACAAGCCUCAUCCAAUCUACAUGAUCUAGAGUAAGCCACAACCAUUGACGUCCAAGACACUACAUUUCUCUCUGGCAUCCAGCAAAACACAGAAUACGACAAGUCGGGUUCACCACAUUUCCCAUAAGCAUCAAUUAACGCGUUAUUGAGAAUCAGGUUCCAGUCCAUGCCAACUAUAACUGCCACCCCAUGAGCCUGGCGCAACCAUUUACCGUUCCCCAAACAACCGCAGCUUCCAACUACGCUAACGAGGGUGAACUCGUCUAACACCAAAACGUUUCGACCGUUUUGCAUCAUUUGAAAGAGCUUAACCGAAUCUUGGUGAAGAUUAUAGCGCGUGAAACCGGAUAUUAGCGAGUUAUAACUAACGACGUUCCGUUGAGGCAUUUUAUCGAACAGAUUACGGGCCUUACGGAAAAGGCCCGUUUUCGAGUAAAACGAGAUUAGCGUAUUCCACGAACGAGUGUUCUUGCUGGGAAGAUCGUCGAAGGCCUUUUGUAAACUUUCUUCGCUGCCGCACUUCGAAUACGCGUCAAUGAGACCGUUAGCGAGGAAAGCGUCGAAGAAAAGCGCGGUUUUUAUAAGGUGACCGUGCACGGCUCUUGCGAGUUUCACCCUCCUCGCCGAGACACACUUUGAAAUCAUAGACGAACACUUUUCAACGGAGGAAACGACAUUGUUGGGGAGCAUGGUCAUGUUGGUUUCUCUGAACCAAAUUAGGAGGUCUUUCUAUAUGGUUUCGUUUAAAGGACUCACUUCUUCAAAUUAAGGGUUUUUCUAUGAAUGGGUAGACAUGCGUUCGUUCAAAAAGUGGUGGGUGACCUUUGUUUCCUCGAUUCUUCACCCUUCGCGAGGUUAUUGGACUCUUGCGUUCGAUCAAAGUCUGGAAUUGACGUGCGUCGCAUUCAUGGUCGAAUCAUUAAGACACAGUUUUCAUCUGAAGUUUUCAUUCAGAACAGACUCGUUGAUGCUUAUAGAAAAUGCGGUUGUUUUGAGGACGCACACAAGGUGUUUGUUCAUAUGCCGCUGAGGAACACUUUCAGUUAUAAUGCGAUUUUAAGCGUUUUGACGAAGUUUGGGAAGCUUGACGAGGCUUGGAACGUUUUUAUGUCGAUGCCUGAGCCUGACCAAUGCUCAUGGAAUGCUAUGGUGUCGGGUUUUGCACAACAUGAUCGAUUUGAGGAAGCAUUGAAGUUCUUUGUUGACAUGCAUAGUGAGGAUUUUGUGGUUAAUGAGUAUUCGUUUGGGAGUGCUCUCAGUGCUUGUGCAGGGUUGACAGAUUUCAAUGUAGGGAUUCAAAUCCAUGCUUUGAUAUCAAAAUCUCGUUACUUAUUAGAUGUUUAUAUGGGUUCUGCUCUUGUUGAUAUGUACUCUAAGUGUGGAGUGGUGAUUUGUGCUCAAAAGGCUUUUGAUGAAAUGGUUGUGCGGAAUAUAGUGUCUUGGAACAGUUUGAUAACGUGUUACGAGCAAAAUGGGCCUGCAGGAAAAGCUCUGGAAGUUUUUGUUAGGAUGAUGGAUAAUGGGGUUGAACCUGAUGAAAUAACUCUGGCUAGCGUAGUCAGUGCCUGUGCGAGCUUGUCUGCAACCAGGGAAGGUUUGCAAAUACAUGCUCGUGUCAUCAAAAGGGAUAAGUUUCGGAAUGACCUUGUGUUAGGCAAUGCGUUAGUUGAUAUGUAUGCAAAGUGCAAAAGAAUUAGGGAAGCUCGACUGGUUUUUGAUAGGAUGCCGGUUAGGGAUGUUGUGUCUGAAACUUCUAUGGUUAGUGGAUAUGCCAGGGCAGCAAGUGUGAAAGCGGCAAGGUUGAUGUUUUCGAAGAUGAUGGAGAGGAAUGUGGUGUCCUGGAAUGCUCUUAUUGCAGGUUACACACAAAAUGGAGAGAAUGAGGAGGCAGUUAAACUUUUCCUCCUCCUGAAGAGGGAUUCUCAUUGGCCAACCCAUUACACCUUUGGGAAUCUACUUAAUGCGUGUGCCAAUCUUGCCGAUCUGAAACUUGGUAGACAGGCUCACACUCACAUUUUGAAGCAUGGAUAUUGGUUUCAGUCUAGAGAAGAAUCUGACAUUUUUGUGGGGAAUUCUCUCAUUGACAUGUACAUGAAAUGUGGAAUGGUUGAAGAUGGGUGCCGGGUUUUUGAGCAUAUGGUAGAAAGGGAUACUGUCUCAUGGAAUGCCAUGAUAGUGGGGUAUGCACAAAAUGGUAAUGGUACAAGCGCCCUCGAAAUUUUCAGGAAAAUGCUGCUAUCUGGAGAAAAACCAGACCCUGUUACUAUGAUUGGAGUUCUAUCUGCAUGUAGCCAUGCAGGACUUGUUGAAGAAGGACGACGUUACUUCCACUCAAUGAGGCUUGAGUAUGGUUUAGCACCGUUGAAGGACCAUUUUACAUGCAUGAUUGAUUUACUAGGUCGGGCUGGCUGCCUUGAUGAAGCAAACGAUUUGAUGCAGACAAUGCCGAUGCAACCAGAUGCCGUUGUCUUGGGAUCUCUACUUGCUGCUUGUAAGGUUCAUGGAAACAUUAAAUUAGGGAAGCAUGUAGCGGAAAAGCUCAUGGAAAUUGAUCCCUUGAACUCUGGACCUUACGUUCUUCUUUCAAAUAUGUAUGCUGAGCUUGGAAGAUGGAAAGACGUGGUCAAAGUCCGGAAACAGAUGAGGCAACAGGGAGUAGUUAAGCAACCUGGUUGCAGUUGGAUUGAAAUUCAGAGUCGCGUGCAUGUUUUCAUGGUGAAAGAUAAAAGGCAUCCUCGUAGGAAGGACAUCCAUUUAGUUCUGAAAAUUCUCACAGCACAGAUGAAGCGGGCUGGCUAUGUGCCAGAAGCUGAUGAUGAUGAGUUUUGCGAGGAGGAAAGUGACUCUGAACUUGUCUUGCAUUGUGAAAUGGAAUCGGAGGCUGAUACAGAAGUUGUAUAAAUGAAAAUCUUCUGGCUAGUUGUCGAGUUUUCACUAGAAAGUAGGAAGGUUUGGGAUUAAAGUUCGCAUAUUUGAGCAAGGCUCUAGAAAUUUGAGAUGAAGCGUCCAAAAUUUUUCAUAAGGGUUUAAGUCAAAUUUAUAGUAAGUAGGCUGAAGAUGUAGAAUCUCGAAUGUACCCGUCGGUUUGUUGUUACCACUUGCGUCAGUGCAUCUCUGAUAUAUACUUUCAGUCUGCUAACUUUCUUGCAGCUAAGCUCAUUGAUUUUGAUCAUAUGAUCAGUUUGAUUGCCAAAUAUAUGAGCUCAAAAUAGUUAGUGUCAUAUUUACAAAUGGACUCAUCCUGUAAAUCAGAUGGGUUCUUGGCCACUAGCAUAUAGGGAUAUAAAACUACAAUAAAAAGGAAUAGCAGAUAUAUCUCCGUAGAUCAAGCUGUUAAUUGCUUCAUUAUGCUGUUUGUUAAUAUUUAUAUACCAUGUCUUACAAGAGUGUGUUGUGAUUGAAAUUAGGAUUUUAGAGUAAGCCUGGUGAAAUUAAUAUUUAUAUACCAUCUCUUCAGUUACUGCAUCACCUAUUUUCAUUAUGGGAGUUGCUACACAAGAUACUGAAGCUUUUUCGUGUGUAAAAAUAAAAACGGCAGAAUCCCUCGGCCAGCAUAUAGGAUCC